AGUGCCUGCGGCCUCGGCCAAGGCCCGCGGCCGGGGCUGCCCCGCCCACUGUGCCCCAGGGCGAAAGCCCCGAAAGGCCGAGUGAGCUGCAGCCUGGAGACCUCUUUUAAGAUGACCCGCACGGACCCGCCGGACCUGCUGGUGUCGACCGUGUACCAGGACAUCAAGGUGGCGGCCCCGGGGCCCGUGUCGAGGCCCCCGCCAUGUGAGCGCCCAAUGGCCCGGCCUGCUGCGCCCGCGCCUUUCAACAAGCGCCACUGCCGCAGUUUCGAUUUCCUGGAGACACUGGACGGGGAGGCCAUGGAGGCCCGUCCGGAGCCGCCGCCUCCGGAGCCCGCCGCGCCGCGCGCCCGAUCCCGCGACGGCGAGCCCCGGCGCCGCGCCCGCUCGAAGAGCGCACCCCGUGCGGCCCCGGGCCUGGCGCCCGCGCCCGCCUCGCCGCCUGUGCCGCCGCGCCGAGGCCGGGAGGCCCAGCGGGCGGCGCCGGCCGACGCAUCGCCCCGCCGGGAGCCCGCGUACCCCGCGCUGCGCGCGCUCGCCAACGAGCUGCACCCCAUCAAGCUGCAGCCUCAGCGGGGCGGCCCGGGCCGCAUGGCGCCCCUGUGCGCCGCUGCCAACCGCUGUGCGCCGGCCGAGCCACCCGCGGGGCCGGCCCCCCACGUCCGCUGCCGCCUGGACGUCAAGCCCGACGACGCGGUGCUGCAGCAUGCCGCCCGGGGCUCGAGGCCCUGCGGGCCCACCGAGACCGCGCCCUGGCCCCGCGCCGCCCCGCAGCUCCACGGCCUCACGGUGCCCGGGCCUCGCCACGUGGGGCUCUCGCUCACCCCCACCCCCAGUGACUCGUACUGCGCCGACCCCCGGGCGCUGUACUGCGAUGGGCCGCUUCCCGGGUCGCGGGACCACGCGGAGCGCCGGAGUCUGCCCUUCACCACCCCGCCGGGCCCCACCCAAUUCUUCUACACCGAGGAACCCGAGGGCCACCCCGGUGGCUUCAUGGCCAGCCCUGGACCGCCCUUCGACAGCUACUACCCCAGGCCCUUUCUGUCCGAAGAGCCACCCGGGCCCAAUCCAAGGCGCGGGGGCGUCUACUAUGCGGGGGAAGUUCGCACCUUCCCCGUCCAAGAACCACCCUCCCGUUCCUACUACGGGGAGGUCCCGCGAGCCUACGGCCCGCCCUGCGGCCCCCGCUACGCCCCCGAGGAGCCCCGGGCUCACCCCGCCGCCCGCCCCUUUUACACUGAGGACUUCGGGCGGUACCGCAGUCGAGACGCCCUGACGCGGACUUACCCACAACCGCGCGGCAGCCCGGCCUGGGGCGACUGGGGCCCGAGGCCUUACCGCACCCUGCAGGUGGCGCCUCCCCCGGACCCCGGCCCGUUGCUCGCCUCGUGGCACGGCGGCACCGGCACCAGCCCACCCCGCCUAGCGACCGACAGCCGCCACUACUCGCGCUCCUGGGACAACAUCCUGGCGCCCGCGCCGCGCCGCGAAGACCCACUGGGCCGCGGCCGUAGCUACGAGAACCUGCUGGGGCGCGAGGCACAGGACCCGCGGGGCACAUCCCCCGAAGGCCGGCGCCCGCCCGUCAUAGUGAACCUGUCCACCUCGCCCAGACGCUACGCGGCGCUGUCGCUGUCCGAGACGUCGCUGUCGGAGAAGGGCCGUAUGGGCGAGGGCCUGGCCCGAAACUGGUACGUCACGCCGGAGAUCACCAUCACCGACAACGACCUGCGCGCGGCUGAGCGCCCGAGCGCCAGGAGCUGGGAGCUGCCGGGGAGCCGCCCGCGGCCGCCUCCGCCCGCCGCCCCCGAUGGCCCCGCCUCUGGCCGCCAGCGCAGCCUCGAACAGCUGGACGAGCUCAUUACUGACCUGGUCAUCGACUCGCGGCCCCCAGCCGGCCAAGCGCCCGAGCCCGCGUCCGACGGCCUGGGCCGCCAGCUGCGGCGCCUGCUAGACUCGCGGCCCUCGGGCGCCGUGGUCCCGACGCGGGCGCCGCGCUCGCCUCCCCUGUCUGCCGGCAGCGCUGAGGAGCCCGCGGGCCCGGGGCAGGCGGCCGACGCGUCCCCCGAGCCCAGCGCCGACGAGGACGACCUGAUGACGUGCUCCAACGUGCGCUGCGGGCGCACCGAGACCAUGUUCAACGCCUGCCUCUACUUCAAGUCCUGCCACAGCUGCUACACCUACUACUGCUCGCGCCUCUGCCGCCGCGAGGACUGGGACGCGCACAAGGCGCGCUGCGUGUACGGCCGCGUGGGCAGCGUGUGCCGCCACGUGUUGCAGUUCUGCCGCGACAGCGGCCCAGUGCACCGCGCCUUCUCGCGCAUCGCGCGCGUCGGCUUCUUGUCGCGCGGCCGCGGCGUGCUCUUCCUGGGCUUCCCGAGUCCCGGCUCCGCAGACAACUUCCUGCGCUUCGGCCUCGAGGGGCUGCUGCUGUCGCCCACCUACCUGUCGCUGCGCGAGCUGGCCACACACGCGGCGCCACUGGGCAGCUAUGCUCGGGAGCUGGCGGCCGCCGGGCGCCUCUACGAGCCGGCGGAGUGCUUCCUGCUCAGCGUGUCCGUGGCCGUGGGCCCCGGCGCUGCGCUACCCGGCGCCCCUGCCCGGCCAGCUCCCGCGCCGCGCAGCCCCGGACCCACGGUGCGCAAGUUCGCCAAAGUGGCGCUGGCGGCCGGCAGCCCGGCACGGCCGCCCCCGGCGCGGGGCCGCGAACCCGACAUGGAGACGUUGAUCCUGACGCCGCCGCCCGGCACUGCGGGCCUGGACCAGGACGGCGAGGCGGGCCGGCGAGCACGCGAGGUGGCCUUCAUCCACAUCCAGCGAGAGCUGCGGCUGCGCGGCGUCUUCCUACGCCACGAGUUCCCGCGCGUCUACGAGCAGCUCUGCGAGUUCGUCGAAGCCAACCGGCGCUUCACACCCACCACCAUCUACCCCACGGACCGGCGCACAGGCCGCCCCUUCAUGUGCAUGAUCAUGGCCGCCUCCGAGCCACGCGCGCUAGACUGGGUGGCCAGUGCCAACCUGUUGGAUGACAUUAUGUGAGCCGCGGGGGCGCGCCCGGGGCCCGCCCAGUCCACUCAGGCCCCGCCCCGAGCUCACCAGUCCCCGCCCAGCUCGCCAAAUGCCCCAUUGCAUUCUCCACAGGCUCCGCCUUUCCCUCCGCCUUCCUGCGAACCCCCUUCCCCCCGACCCCCAGACCAGUCCCGCCCGGCUCCCUCUCCCCCAGCUCGCCCUCGGGCGUCUCCAGAGGCCGGUCCUCGGCCGCUUGGUGCUCCCCGCUGGGAGGCGGGGUGGGGUCUGAGGACCAGCCCUCCCUGCCUUUACGCGGAGGGGUCACUGCUGCAGAUCCCACCGCGCAUAUCCGGUUCGUCCGACCCCUGUCCGUCUGCAGGGCCUCCCUGGAACCUCUCCAACCCCGGCUCGCCCUGGUCCAGGAGCCCGAGUCGACCAAAGCCUAGUCCCGUCCCUUUAAACACCCUCCCCACCCGCCUCCUGUGGUCUGGGAUGCGUCCUGCUCAGAGGCCUU